CCAUUUUCUUUUUAAAAGUAGUUGUUGUACACUACUGCUCUUUUUUAUUCUUUUAAAAUACUGCUUCUUUCUUUCUCUUGUACGCCAACUACACACAACCUUGUUUUUGCACUUCGCUACAAUAUUUGUUCUCUUAAACUGUAUUUAUUAGCACCUUUCGUACACGGCAAGUGGCAAACACAAAGUGCUCCACAGAACAAAAUAGACAAAAAAAGAUUAGAAGAAUAGAAAAAAAACACGCCCUACACACACACGCGCGCAGCACUAUUGGCAAUGACAAAACAAAACAUUGCACUGAGGAUUUGAGGAAAAAUGACACCUUGAGGCAUCCACACUGGAGAAGAACUAGUGUUAACACCAUUAAAAAUAUAAAAGUAUGUUUGUAAUAUAAAGCUGUGGUCCCUAACUUUUUUGCACCACGGUUCGGUUUAAUGUCGGCAUUAUUUUUCACUUGUGGCAGAUAAAUCCAGCAAAAAUAUGUGCGUGAAUAAUACAAGUGACUUUAACCUGAAAUUGUUGGGAGCUUGUUUCUUUGCAAUGAGAUGUAGAUGGAAAUCAGCCUUUGUCACGUGUAUGUUGACGAAUGUGCAUUGUAGCAUGUCACAAAGUUACAACAACUCCUACGAGGAGAUUUAUUAUACAUGUAUAAACCAGCUAAAUGGGGUUUCUAGUGGGACAGGCCAAAGAUAAGAAGGUGAAAAUGCAGUUUUUGAAAGUUAUUUUAAUUAUUUCAUCUUUCUUUGAGGCCUGGUGGCAAAUGUGUCAUGGAGCAGUACCGGUCCUCGGACCAGUGGUUGGAGACCUCUGGUCUAAAGGACAGGAAAUAAAAUCCUUGGAGAGAAACAGGCAGACUCUGGUUAUCUUCUUAAGAUAAAAAAAAAAAAAAAAAAUUGUAAUAUUUUGAACACGUGGGACAAACGUCAGCUGGGAGUCAAAUAUCACGCCCAGAUUUUUUAUGGACUGUUGCUUGAAAAAUCUUGUCAUUUCAGUAAAACUUUCUCCCUCUGGCUUUCAGAACCUUUAACUAAAACCAGUUUUGUCUUGGUUGAGCUGAAGGAAAUUCACUGCCAUCCAUGACGUGGCUACAAUGCAGAAUGAUCUUUGGCUGUUGUCACCUGAGCCUUGCUGGAGUCAGCUGCUCAUCCUUCCUCCAAUGGGAAGAGCAGACUGGAGGGAUUAGCUCCUCAGAUUAAUGCAUCCAUCCUAAUCCUGCCAUCUGUCAAGAGAGCGUCCGAGCAGGCGCCACGCUCAGCUCCCUCUUGGCCAAGAAGUCCAGAAGGAAGAAGGCGAUGGAGGAGACGUACCUUCUCAAGCACCCUGGGGUGAAGAAGAAGAUUCUGUCUGGAGGCACUGGCCCUCUGCCUCACUUCCCACCUGGGACCAAGGUAGUUUUCCAUUUCCAGACGCUGCUGGACGACUUUGAGCGCACCGUCAUUGACGACAGCCGACUGGCCGGCAGGCCGGCGGAGCUCUUUGUGGGAAAGAUGUUCAAGAUGGAAGUCUGGGAGACACUGCUGUCCUCCAUGCGCGUCGGAGAAGUGGCCGAGUUCUGGUGCGAUGCAGUUCACACAGGUUUGUACCCCCUGGUGUCAAAGGGGAUGCGGAUGAUCGCUCAAGGCAAAGACCCCCUGGAGGGCCAGAAGCACAUGUGCGGCAUGGGGAACCUCUUCCACUAUCAUUCCACCGGCUUCCCAGAGUUGGACGAGCUGAUGAGGACCCCUCAGGCUCUCAUCUUCAUCAUGGAGCUGCUGCAGGUGGGAGACCCCAUGUCCUACCACAGAGAGUCCUGGAUGAUGGAGAAGGACGAGAAGCUGAGCACGGUGCCCGUCCUCCACUCGCAGGGCAACACCUUGGUCAAGCUGCAGAGAUUUGGGGAGGCGGCCAGCAAGUACAAGGAGGCCGUGCUGCUGCUGAAAACGGUCCAGUCCAGGGAGAUGCCGGGCCACGUGGACUACAUUAACCUGGCACGCAUGAUCCUUCCCCUGGAGCUCAACUACUGCCAGUGCAUGCUGGAGCUGCACGAGUACUACCAUGUGAUCGAGCACGCCAGCCAGCUGCUGGACAAACACAAAGACUGUGUGAAGGGGUACUACAAGCGUGCCAAGGCCCAUGCUGCCGUGUGGAACGAGAAAGAAGCCCGCAGAGACUUCAACAUGGUGGCCCACCUAGACCCCACGCUGGCCUCCCUGGUCCACAGAGAGCUGAGGGCCUUGUCGGAGCGCAUGAAGGAGAAGUACUGGGAGGAGAAGGAGGCGUACUGGAAGAAGCUGGAGAGGCAGGAUGGUGGCAGUGAGGAAGAGGAGGAGGAGGAGGAGAAGCUGGAGAGGCAAGAUGGUGGCAGUGAGGAGGAGGAGAAAGAGGAGAAGCUGGAGAGGCAGGAUGGUGGCAGUGAGGAAGAGGAGGAGGAGAAGGAGGUGUACUGGAAGAAGAAGCUGGAGAGGCAGGAUGUUGGCAGUGGAAGAGAAGGAGAUGCCAGGCAGGACAAGGACUGGCAGCAGAUGUUACGUCUGGUCAUGCUGCUGCAGGAUGAAGGCAACUUCUUGCUGAAAGACAAGCGCUUUGAAGAAGCUUCUGGAAAGUUCAAGGAGGCCAUUGACUAUGUGGACUUCCUUCAGAAUAAGGUGCAGAGCGGCCAUGAGGACUGGGACUCACUGGAACGAGUGCGCCUGCCUCUGACGCUCAACCUGAGCCAGUGCAUGCUGGAGCUGCAGCAGUACCAGGAGGUGGUGCAGCUCACUGACAAGCUGCUGGAGACCCAUCAAGGUCACUUCAAGGGCGUGUACCAGCGAGCGCGGGCACACGCCGCUUUGUGCCAGGCAGACCAGGCUCGGCGGGACUUUGCCGCCGUGGAGAAGAUGGAUCCCAAAUUCAAGCCUUUCGUGCGCCAGGAGCUGAAGAAGCUGGGGGAGAAGAUGCGCUGCAGACACGCCCAGCAGAAGAAGACUUACUGGGACGCCGCCAGGGAGAAGUGGGCGCCCGGGAAGGAGAAGACGGGGGAGAGAGAAGACGGCGUCGCCGCCGAGGGGGAAGAGGACGACACAAAGCAGGGCAGGAGAGAGGAGGAGGACCACACAGGUAACACAGGUGUGCUGGAAGACAGGUGUGCGACGCCUCAGCCUGGAGACAGUCUGCAAUAAAGGUCAGUCAAGGACACUGAACAAGGAAGUGUUGUAGCUUAGUUUAGGAGGGGACAGAAGACCAAAUAAGAUCCAUAAAGUGCUGACAUGAGAGGGGACCCAACACCUGUAAUUACACCUGGCCAUUCAAACACCAUCCAUCCAUCCAUCCAUCAUCUUCCGCUUAUCCGAGGUCGGGUCGCGGGGGCAGCAGCCUAAGCAGGGAAGCCCAGACUUCCCUAUCCCCAGCCACUUCGUCUAGCUCUUCCCGGGGGAUCCCGAGGCGUUCCCAGGCCACCCGGGAGACAUAGUCUUCCCAACGUGUCCUGGGUCUUCCCCGUGGCCUCAAACACUUCAAAUAUUAAUCACUCUUUUUAAUUAUUCAUUCAAUUGUGAAAAAUAAUCUAAGGUUAUUCGGCAUAGUUCGGUUGGUAGAGUGGCCGUGCCAGCAACUUAAAGGGUUCGAGGUUUGAUUCCCGCUUGUGCCAUCCUAGUUACUGCCGUUGUGUCCUUGGGCAAGACACUUUACCCACCUGCUCCCAGUGCCACCAACACUGGUUUAAAUGUAACUUAGAUAUAGGGUUUCACUAUGUAAAAGCGUUUUGAGUCACUAGAGAAAAGCGCUAUAUAAAUAUAAUUCACUUCACUUCACAUUCUAUUAAACUUUUGUUUGUGCUUAUUUCUUUGCCUUCCUAUUGAUGGAUUUAUUUCAUGACAGCACGUCUCAUCCUCCGCUAGUUCUGGCUUUAAAGGCCGGAAAUAAGACAACAAAACACACGAUAAGACAACAACUACUUAUUAGAUGUGUUUUAAAAAGGGACAGAGUCUAAAAAGUCUUAAAAACUAAUACAACAGUCUCAACCCCUGCGUGGUGUUGGUUUAAGAAGGGACGGACUGGAGGAGAAGAGAACACAAGCAACAGCAACAACAACUACUUAUUAGAUAUGUUUUAAAAAGGGACAGUCUAAAAAGUCUUAAAAAGUAAUACAACAGUCUCAAACCCUGUGUGGUGUUGGUUUAAGAAGGGACAGACUGGAAGAGAAGAGAACACAAGCAACAGCAACAACAACUAAUUAUUAGAUGUGUUUUAAAAAGGGACAGCGUCUAAGAAGUCUUAAAAACUAAUACAACAGUCACAACCCCUGCGUGGUGUUGGUUUAAGAAGGGACAGACUGGAAGAGACGAGAACACAAGCAACAGCAACAACAACUACUUAUUAGAUGUGUUUUAAAAAGGGGACAGAGUCUAAAAAGUCUUAAAAACUAAUACAACAGUCUCAACCCCUGCAUAGUGUUGGUUUAAGAAGGGACAGACUGGAAAAGAAAAGAGAACACAAGCAACAGCAACAACAACUACUUAUUAGAUGUGUUUUAAAAAGGGACAGAGUCUAAAAAGUCUUAAAAACUAAUACAACAGUCUCAACCCCUGUGUGGUGUUGGUUUAAGAAGGGACAGACUGGAAGAGAAGCGAACACAAGCAACAGCAACAACAACUACUUAUUAGAUGUGUUUUAAAAGGGAAAUAGUCUAAAAAGUCUGAAAAACUAAUACAACAGUCUCAACCCCUGCGUGGUGUUGGUUUAAGAAGGGACAGACUGGAAGAGAAGAGAACACACGCAACAGCAACAACAACUACUUAUUAGAUGUGGUUUAAGAGGGGACAGAGAAAAGAAAUGUAAUAAAAGCAGCAAUAAAACAAUGUCAUGCUCUGCUUGCUGCUGGUUUAAGAGGGGACUGGCUAUUGGAAAACAGUACAAUAUAUAAGAAGACAAACUAAAGCUAUUAUACUUAAACUUAUUUUUGUGUUUAUUUCAUGGACUGUACGUACGUUUCAUGACAUAAAGUCAUGCUGGUUGUUGGUUUAAGAAGGGACGGACUGGAAGAGAAGUAAACACAAGUAACAGCAACGACACCUACUUAUUAGAUGUGGUUUAAGAGGGCAUAGAGGAAAACAUCUAAUAACAGCAGCAAUACGACAAUGUCAUGCCCUGCUUGUUGUUGGUUUAAGAGGGGACUGGCUGAAAGAAAACAGUACCAUACAUCAGAGAAGAUAAAGCUAUACUAAUUCCUGUUUAGAUUUAUUUUGACAUAUGAAAUACAAAAUCAAUACAAUCAUUUCCUCACCCCCUGGUUGUUGGUUUAAGAGGGGACAAAACCAACACUACCUGCUACAAUGUGGUAUGGGGGACAUGUUCACCCCUUAUGGCCAUUUAACACCUGCUAGUUGUUAGUUUGCUUUGGUUUAAGCGGGGACGGAAAUGAGGCAAGACAGAAGGUCAAAUGCUAAUCAGGAGCAUGGGAGGAAGAGGUGUCCGUCAGUCCGUGAAGGGCAAUAAAAAGUAUUGAUUGCAACACUUAGUCGUCAUCCAACAACAACAACAACAACAACAACAACACAUAUAAAGUAUUUAUUUCUCUGCACAAAGAGUAGAAAACAUCCAGUCAGCCUCCGAUUCUUUUUCCAUUUGAAAAGUACAAAGUCUUUUAUUCCCACUCGCAGGUGACAACUUCACAUACAGAAAAGUACUUCAUGAGGUACACAAUAAAUAACAAUAUCAAUAAUAACAACUGUGUAGGGUUAGCAUGUCUAUGUCAAUAAUAAUAAUAAUAAAAACUCUAGGGUUAGCAUGUGUAUAGAAAUAAUAAUAUUAAUAUUAAAAACUGUAGGGUUAGCAUGUGUGUAUAAAUAAUAUUAAAAUAACUGUAGGGUUAGCAUGUGUGUAUAAAUAAUAUUAUAAUUGUAGGGUUAGCAUGUGUACAUGAAUAAUAUUAAUAAUAUAAAUUGUGUAGGGUUAGCAUGUGUAUAGAAAUAAUAAUAUUAAUAUUAAAAACUGUAGGCUUAGCAUGUGUGUAUAAAUGAUAUUAAAAUAACUGUAGGGUUAGCAUGUGUGUAUAAAUAAUAUUAUAAUUGUAGGGUUCGCAUGUGUACAUGAAUAAUAUUAAUAAUAAAAAUUGUGUAGGGUUAGCAUGUGUAUAGAAAUAAUAAUAUUAAAAACUGUAGGGUUAGCAUGUGUAUAUAAAUAAUAUAAUAACUGUGGGGUUUGCAUGUGCAUAUGAAUAAUAUUAUAAUAACUGUAGGGUUAGCAUGUGCAUAUGAAUGAUAAUAAAAACUGUGCAGGGUUAGCAUGUGUGUAUAAAUAAUAUUAUAAUAACUGUAGGGUUAGCAUGUGCAUAUGAAUAAUAAUAAAAACUGUAGGGUUAGCAUGUGUGUAUGAAUAAUAUUAUAAUAACUGUAGGGUUAGCAUGUGUAUGUGAAUAAUAAUAAAAACUGUAGGGUUAGCAUGUGUGUAUAAAUAAUAUUAUAAUAACUGUAGGGUUAGCAUGUAUAUAUGAAUAAUAUUAUAAUAACUGUAGGGUUAGCAUGUGCAUUUGAAUAAUAAUAAAAACUGUGUAGGGUUAGCAUGUGCGUAUAAAUAAUAUUAUAAUAACUGUAUGGUUAGCAUGUGUAUAUGAAUAAUAUUAAUAAUAAAAAUUGUGCAGGGUUAGCAUGUGUAUAUAAAUAAUAUAAAAACUGUGUAGGGUUAGCAUGUGUAUAUAAAAAAUAUACAAACUGUGUAGGGUUAGCAUGUGUAUAUAAAUAAUGUUAUAAUAACUGUGUAGGGUUAGCAUGUGUAAAUAAAUAAUAUCAAUAAUGAAACUUUGUAGGGUUAGCAUGUGUAUAUAAAUAAUAUUAUAAUAACUGUGUAGGGUUAGCAUGUGUAAAUAAAUAAUAUCAAUAAUGAAACUUUGUAGUGUUAGCGUGUGUAUAUAAAUAAUAAUAAUACAAUUGUUUAGGGUUAGCAUGUGUAUAUAAAUAAUAAUAUUAAUAUUAAAAACUGUAGGGUUAGCAUGUGUAUAUAAAUAAUAUAAUAACUGGAGGGUUUGCAUGUGCAUAUGAAUAAUAUUAUAAUAACUGUAGGGUUAGCAUGAGCAUAUAAAUAAUAUUAUAAUAACUGUGUAGGGUUAGCAUGUGUAAAUAAAUAAUAUCAAUAAUGAAACUUUGUAGGGUUAGCAUGUGUAUAUAAAUGAUGACACAAUUGUUUAGGGUUAGCAUGUGUAUAUAAAUAAUAAUAUAAAAAACUGUAGGGUUAGCAUGUGUAUAUAAAUAAUAUAAUAACUGUGGGGUUUGCAUGUGCAUAUGAAUAAUAUUAUAAUAACUGUAGGGUUAGCAUGUGCAUAUGUAUAAUAAUAAAAACUGUGUAGGGUUAGCAUGUGUGUAUAAAUAAUAUUAUAAUAACUGUAGGGUUAGCAUGUGUAUAUAAAUAAUAUUAAUAAUAAAAAUUGUGCAGGGUUAGCAUGUGUAUAUAAAUAAUAUAAAAACUGUGUAGGGUUAGCAUGUGUAUAUAAAUAAUAUUAUAAUAACUGUGUAGGGUUAGCAUGUGUGUAUAAAUAAUAUUAUAAUAACUGUAGGGUUAGCAUGUUUACAUGAAUAAUAUUAAUAAUAAAAAUUGUGUAGGGUUAGCAUGUGUAUAGAAAUAAUAAUAUUAAUAUUAAAAACUGUAGGGUUAGCAUGUGUGCAUAAAUAAUAUUAAAAUAUCUGUGGGGUUAGCAUGUGUGUAUAAAUAAUAUAAUUGUAGGGUUAGCAUGUGUACAUGAAUAAUAUUAAUAAUAAAAAUUGUGUAGGGUUAGCAUGUGUAUAGAAAUAAUAAUAUUAAUUUUAAAAAACUGUAGGGUUAGCAUGUGUAUAUAAAUAAUAUAAUAACUGUGGGGUUUGCAUGUGCAUAUGAAUAAUAUUAUAAUAACUGUAGGGUUAGCAUGUGCAUAUGAAUGAUAAUAAAAACUGUACGGUUAGCAUGUGUGUAUAAAUAAUAUAAUAACUGUAGGGUUAGCAUGUGAAUAAUAAUAAAAACUGUAGGGUUAGCAUGUGUAUAAAUAAUAUUAUAAUAACUGUAGGGUUAGCAUGUAUAUAUGAAUAAUAUUCUAAUAACUGUAGGGUUAGCAUGUGCAUAUGAAUAAUAAUAAAAACUGUGUAGGGUUAGCAUGUGCGUAUAAAUAAUAUUAUAAUAACUGUAUGGUUAGCAUGUGUAUAUGAAUAAUAAUAAUAAAAAUUGUGCAGGGUUAGCAUGUGUAUAUAAAUAAUAUAAAAACUGUGUAGGGUUAGCAUGUGUAUAUAAAAAAUAAACAAACUGUGUAGGGUUAGCAUGUGUAUAUAAAUAAUAUUAUAAUAACUGUUAGCAUGUGUAAAUAAAUAAUAUCAAUAAUGAAACUUUGUAGGGUUAGCAUGUGUAUAUAAAUAAUAUUAUAACUGUGUAGGGUUAGCAUGUGUAAAUAAAUAAUAUCAAUAAUGAAACUUUGUAGGGUUAGCGUGUGUAUAUAAAUGAUAAUAAUACAAUUGUUUAGGGUUAGCAUGUGUAUAUAAAUAAUAUUAAUAUUAAAAAUUGUAGGGUUAGCAUGUGUAUAUAAAUAAUAUAAUAACUGGGGGGUUUGCAUGUGCAUAUGAAUAAUAUUAUAAUAACUGUAGGGUUAGCAUGAGUAUAUAAAUAAUAUAAUAACUGUGUAGGGUUAGCAUGUGUAAAUAAAUAAUAUCAAUAAUGAAACUUUGUAGGGUUAGCAUGUGUAUAUAAAUAAUAUUAUAAUAACUGUGUAGGGUUACCAUGUGUGAAUAAAUAAUAUCAAUAAUGAAACUUUGUAGGGUUAGCAUGUGUAUAUAAAUGAUAACACAAUUGUUUAGGGUUAGCAUGUGUAUAUAAAUAAUAAUAUUAAUAUUAAAAACUGUAGGGUUAGCAUGUGUAUAUACAUAAUAUAAUAACUGUGGGGUUUGCAUGUGCAUAUGAAUAAUAUAAUGACUGUAGGGUUAGCAUGUGCAUAUGUAUAAUAAUAAAAACUGUGUAGGGUUAGCAUGUGUGUAUAAAUAAUAUUAUAAUAACUGUAGGGUUAGCAUGUGUAUAUAAAUAAUAUUAAUAAUAAAAAUUGUGCAGGGUUAGCAUGUGUAUAUAAAUAAUAUAAAAACUGUGUAGGGUUAGCAUGUGUAUAUAAAUAAUAUAAAAACUGUGUAGGGUUAGCAUGUGUAUAUAAAUAAUAUUAUAACUGUGUAGGGUUAGCAUGUGUAAAUAAAUAAUAUCAAUAAUGAAACUUUGUAGGGUUAGCGUGUGUAUAUAAAUAAUAUUAUAAUAACCGUGUAGGGUUAGCAUGUGUAAAUAAAUAAUAUCAAUAAUGAAACUUUGUAGGGUUAGCAUGUCUAUAUAAAUGAUAAUAAUACAAUUGUUUAGGGUUAGCAUGUGUAUAUAAAUAAUAUUUAUAGUAAACAUUGUGUAGGGUUAGCAUGUGUAAAUAAAUAAUAUCAAUAAUGAAACUUUGUAGGGUUAGCAUGUCUAUAUAAAUGAUAAUAAUACAAUUGUUUAGGGUUAGCAUGUGUAUAUAAAUAAUAUUUAUAGUAAACAUUGUGUAGGGUUAGCAUGUGUAUAGAAAUACCAAUAUUAAUAAUAAAAAACUGUAGGGUUCGUAUGUGUAUAUAAAAACUAUCAAUAGUAAAAAAAUGUAGGGUUAUCAUGUGUAUAUAAAUAACAAUAUCAAUGAUAAAAACUAUGUAUGGUUAGCAUGUGUAUAGUAUAAUGAUAAUAAUAAAAACAGAGUAGGGUUAGCAUGUGUAUAUAAAUACCAAUAUUAAUAAUAACAAACUGUAGGUUUAGCAUGUGUAUAUAAAUAAUAAUAACUGUGUAGGGUUAGCAUGUGUAAAUAAAUAAUAUCAAUAAUGAAACUUUGUAGGGUUAGCAUGUGUAUAUAAAUGAUAACACAAUUGUUUAGGGUUAGCAUGUGUAUAUAAAUAAUAAUAUUAAUAUUAAAAACUGUAGGGUUAGCAUGUGUAUAUAAAUAAUAUAAUAACUGUGGGGUUUGCAUGUGCAUAUGAAUAAUAUAAUGACUGUAGGGUUAGCAUGUGCAUAUGUAUAAUAAUAAAAACUGUGUAGGGUUAGUAUGUGUGUAUAAAUAAUAUUAUAAUAACUGUAGGGUUAGCAUGUGUAUAUAAAUAAUAUUAAUAAUAAAAAUUGUGCAGGGUUAGCAUGUGUAUAUAAAUCAUAUAAAAACUGUGUAGGGUUAGCAUGUGUAUAUAAAUAAUAUAAAAACUGUGUAGGGUUAGCAUGUGUAUAUAAAUAAUAUAACUGUGUAGGGUUAGCAUGUGUAAAUAAAUAAUAUCAAUAAUGAAACUUUGUAGGGUUAGCGUGUGUAUAUAAAUAAUAUUAUAAUAACUGUGUAGGGUUAGCAUGUGUAAAUAAAUAAUAUCAAUAAUGAAACUUUGUAUGGUUAGCAUGUCUAUAUAAAUGAUAAUAAUACAAUUGUUUAGGGUUAGCAUGUGUAUAUAAAUAAUAUUUAUAGUAAACAUUGUGUAGGGUUAGCAUGUGUAAAUAAAUAAUAUCAAUAAUGAAACUUUGUAGGGUUAGCAUGUCUAUAUAAAUGAUAAUAAUACAAUUGUUUAGGGUUAGCAUGUGUAUAUAAAUAAUAUUUAUAGUAAACAUUGUGUAGGGUUAGCAUGUGUAUAGAAAUACCAAUAUUAAUAAUAAAAAACUGUAGGGUUCGUAUGUGUAUAUAAAAACCAUCAAUAGUAAAAAAAUGUAGGGUUAUCAUGUGUACAUAAAUAACAAUAUCAAUGAUAAAAAACUAUGUAUGGUUAGCAUGUGUAUAGUAUAAUGAUAAUAAUAAAAACAGUAGGGUUAGCAUGUGUAUAUAAAUAAUAAUAACUGUGUACGGUUAGCAUGUGUAUAUAAAUAAUAUUAAUAUUAAAAAUUGGGUAGGGUUAGCAUGUGUAUAUAAAUAAUAUUAAUAUUAAAAAUUGGGUAGGGUUAGCAUGUGUAUAGAAAUACCAAUAUUAAUAAAAAAAAAACUGUAGGGUUAGCAUGUGUAUAAAAUUAAUAAUAAUAAAAACUGUAGGGUUAGCAUGUGUAUAUUUUAUAGUGGAGGAUUCAAGUGAAAAUGCAUUGUCAUCAUUAGGUUUUGAGGGGGUUGCUAAAAUGAUGAUAAAUACCAACACGUUAAUUCAGUAAUAAUAAAUAUUUUUAGGAUUCAUGGCAAAAUAUAAUUGUGUUUUUUAUGCAUCAUGCUGGCAAUGUUUGUCGUCAUCAGUCUUAUUUAUUCAUAUAUUUAAUAUAUUGUCAUCAGACUUAUUUGUUCAUAUAUUUAAAAUAUUGUCAUUAGUCUUAUUUAUUCAUAUAUUUAAUACAUUGUCACCAUCAGUCUUAUUUAUUGAAAUAUUUAAUAUAUUUGUCAUAAUUUAGUCACAUGACAAGUCUGCUAGUCUAGUAAGAUUGUUUACAUAACAUUAAAAUUAAUUAGAAAACAAAAAUGACUUAUUAUGGGAUAAUCAUUUAUUUAUCAUUUACUUGAUUGAGAGUAAGAUUAUUGUUGCAGUUAUAAUUUAAUGUAAUUAUUUGAUGUCAUGAAAAUAAUGACAAACACGCUUCCAAACUUGGAAUUAUCUAAUAAUAAUAAAAAAAAGAGGUUUUAGUUUUAAAGUAAUACAAGAAAAUAGAUGGAAUGUAAAUAUAGGAAUAUACUAUAUUAAUGGGACGUGUAAAUAUAUUGGUCGUAUAAAUAAACAUUUGCCUCAUCACUUUUGAAGUACAUUUAGCUUCCUAAGACGUCCUUUUAUAGCUGAAAGUAUCGCGUUUUCGCUUUUUGUGAUGCUUAACUUGAUGCAGGAUUCUUCAAUUCUCUGUUUCUUGCAAAUAAUAAUCCACUUUUCAGCGUCUAAUCAUUUCGUUUUCUGCAUCCUUUCCAUAUUUCACUCUACUUUCUUCAUUCAACACCUUCAGUCUCACUCCUCUAAUUUGUCCUAAAUCCUCCACCAAUAAACAUAUAAGGGACAAGCUGUAGAAAAUGGAUGGAGGGAUGUAUUUCUGACCUCCUCCAAAUCAAGUAUGGGAUGUCGAAAACCGAUGACGAGAACAAAAGACGGCGGAAGUGACUUAAAAGGUUUUCCUCGCCUUUGAAGCGUCGCUAUGACGAGCAUCAUCACAAAUCUGCGCGGCCGCAUCCUUUGUUGCCUAGCAACCGUAGCACAAUGAACCGAGUGAGGCUCGGAAGGAGUCUUGCGUUGUGUUGUGACAAAGCGGACGUCAUUGUGACAAGGCCGUCAAAGUGCGUCACGCCCGCCAACAAACGCUGGCGAUUUUUCUGUCCUGUCUCUCAGAUGUGUGAAAGUCCCCGAACAACACCUGCUUCCGUCUUGCAUCAGCAUCUUCUUUUCCUGGAGGGGGAGGGGCUUCCAACACAAGUGUCCGCAUGUUGGUUCCGUCGCACAUCAACUUCUUUUUUUCAUAUUUUCAACCCCACGGAAUGUUGAUUUGGUUUUUAAGGUGCAAUUAAGUGCGUCCACAAAGGUGAAGAAGAUGAUAGAAAGUCGCCCCGCUUCCUUUUUUUCUUUUCCACUUCAGCCGGCAAAAUGAUCCAUGAAAUAUCAAUUUAAACAAAUAUAUCAUUUAUUACUCUUUCCAAGUAUUCAUUCAGGUCUGAAAUAUAAAUGGAGGUCGUUAUAUUCUACGGCUUGGCUGUCUUCUACCAAGGAGUGGUGGAUGGAAGCGAUGGCGAUGGCGUUGCUAAUAAGCGGUCAGCGGCGGGCGCAGAGAGCGAGGACCGACCUGGUUUUUCUGCACGUCCUGUGUGAAGGUCCAGCAUCGGUGCAGCCACGUCUGAAGCUUCAAGCUUGACCCCCUCAGAGUCUGGCCCCGCCCCCGACGACCUGCAGGUGCCAGGGCAGAGUUGGGUGUGGGUGCAGCUGAAGUGGGCGGAGCCGAGCGGCACUCCUGCGCCGUUAAAGCCAGAUGUGCCAGGUGGAGCCUGGAGGAAGGAGCACAAGCAGAAAAGAUGGAGCCACUUAGGCGGGCCAAGGUGCAAUGGAGCUGCUCCUGGUCCUGGUGUUCCAGGUGGACCAGCAGCAUGGGAGAGUCCUGGUCCAGGUGACGCAGCAGCAGGUUGGACAAGUUUGCUGUGGUGGUCUGCAAGUAAAGACAAGGAUCUGGCUGUAAACUUGAGAAGAGUGCAGAAGUGAAGAGAGAAAGUCUUCCAGGGAGUGGACUUCUACAAGUGGGAACUAAAAAGUGUGAAAAUGUUGUGGAGCAGCAGGACUGACGUCAGGGAGGCAAGUGUGGCUUUCAUUCAGUAACUGCUGGCUACUUCAACUCCUGCCUGAAGUAUCACAUCCAGCACAUUCCUGCUUGGAGACAUGGAGACCACAUCACACAUCCUGUCUUGCAUCCAUCAAUAACCUUCUUCUCCUUCUCAUUGUUGCCUUCAUUCUUCUGGUGGAUGACACUCAUAAACACCUCAUGAUGGGACUGUGGGGGAUGCUUCUUAACACGCCCCGUGCAAGAAGAAGAACUAGCAUUCUAACUCCUCCUGGUGGAAUCUUCUAGAAGAAGAAGAGGUAGCAUACCUGCAAAAUCCUAACACAUCCAUUCUCUUCCUAUUCACAUAUCAGCUGACAGGAGAGGAAUAACACAAAUAAAGUGAAUACUGACGAUCGCCACAAUAAAAGUCAGUACUGAUGAUCGCCACAAUAAAGGUCAGUACUAAUCACCACGAUAAAAGUCAGUACUGAUGAUCGCCAAAAUAAAAGUCAAUACUGAUGAUCGCAACAAUAAAAGUCAAUACUGAUGAUCGCCACAAUAAAAGUCAGUACUGAUGAUCGCCACAAUAAAAGUCAGUACUGAUGAUCGCCACAAUAAAAGUCAGUACUGAUGAUCGCCACAAUAAAAGUCAGUACUGAUGAUCGCCACAAUAAAAGUCAGUACUGAUAAUCGCCACAAUAAAAGUCAAUACUGAUGAUCGCCACAAUAAAAGUCAGUACUGAUGAUCGCCACAAUAAAAGUCAGUACUGAUGAUCGCCACAAUAAAAGUCAGUACUGAUGAUCGCCGCAAUAAAAGUCAGUACUGAUGAUCGCCGCAAUAAAAGUCAGUGCUGAUGAUCGCCACAAUAAAAGUCAAUACUGAUGAUCGCCACAAUAAAAGUCAAUACUGACGAUCGCCACAAUAAAAGUCAGUACUGAUGAUCGCCACAAUAAAAGUCAGUACUGAUGAUCGCCACAAUAAAAGGCAGUACUGAUGAUCGCCGCAAUAAAAGUCAGUACUGAUGAUCGCCGCAAUAAAAGUCAGUGCUGAUGAUCGCCACAAUAAAAGUCAAUACUGAUGAUCGCCACAAUAAAAGUCAAUACUGAUGAUCGCCACAAUAAAAGUCAAUACUGAUGAUCGCCACAAUAAAAUUCAAUACUGAUGAUCGCCACAAUAAAAGUCAAUACUGACAAUCGCCACAAUAAUUGUCAGUACUGAUGAUUGCCACAAUAAAAGUCAGUACUGAUGAUCGCCACAAUAAAAGUCAGUACUGAUGAUCGUCACAAUAAAAGUCAAUACUGAUGAUCGCCACAAUAAAAGUCAGUACUGAUGAUCGCCACAAUAAAAGUCAAUACUGACGAUCGCCACAAUAAUUGUCAGUACUGAUGAUCGCCACAAUAAAAGUCAAUACUGAUGAUCGCCACAAUAAAAGUCAAUACUGACGAUCGCCACAAUAAAAGUCAAUACUGAUGAUCGCCACAAUAAAAGUCAAUACUGACGAUCGCCACAAUAAAAGUCAAUACUGACGAUCGCCACAAUAAAAGGCGUGUUACAAUGUCAUGGCAUUGUGAUGCCAGAGGUGGUCUCUUCAAGAUGCAGAGGAACGUCAGGAAGGAAGCAGCUCGCAGGUCAGGAAAUAAUUGAAUGUCCAAUAAAUCCGACUGGAUACAAGAAUAAACAAGACAAGUGUGCCUAUAGCACAGGAAGCUAACUGCAUAGCUAGGAAGAAAGCUUAGCAUGUAAACAAAUGAGGAAUCAAACAUACUCAAACACCUCACGUGUUGCAUGGAAGCAAAGAGAAGCAGCAGAUCGAGGGAGGCAAGAGGACGGCUCUCUGAUUAGUGCCCAGGAGCAGGUGAGCGUCCCGAACACUAAUCACAGGCAGGUGAAAGUAAUCUGCCGUCAUGGCAACUGAAACACAAAACAGGGGCGCUAAAACAGAAAUCAAACACCAAGUGAAUCAAAAUGUAAACAAACUGUGAUCACAAGCUGUGUGCUUUUAUUGUGAAACUCCUGACAUCCUGCUGCCAGUCAUUCAUCCACACUUUAAUUUGAGCUGCUGACUACAUUUUGACAAAUGAGUGGUCAAGUCCAGUAGGAAGACCAUUCAUACGGCCCCAAACUAUCCAAUUUACCCGACGCAUGAAACGUGACAAAUUGUGAGGGUGCACUAUCAACCUUAGUCGCCAGAUGGCAGCAGAGUGUGGAAUAUCUUAACAUGUCUUCUUUUUGGCAAUUCCAACUUUGACCUCAGCAUCAGUUGUGAUGUAGAGUGGCGCUUUCCAUCAUUUUCAGCAGACUGCAGUGCAAAAAAUGUGUUAAAAAAUGUUAAAUUUCAGCCAAAACAAUCAAACCCAAUAACGUUUAGUGUGGGAUGUACUUAUUGAAAUAUUGUGAGAAAUGCAGUUUUUGAGAAUCUCUGCAAAAAUAAUUAUUUCAAGCGCUUUCAAGCCUUGUCUGCUAAACUUCAUGUUUUACUCCGCUAAAAUGUGGAGGAAUAUCCUCUACUAAAACCGGACGAAAACUAAAUUAUAUUAAAUGACUAAAAUUGAACUAAAACACAUUCUUGUCAAAAGACUAAAACUAAAAGAAAGGCCAAAAAGAAGAGAGGUGCAGCUUUCUAGAAGUCUUCAAAUAAAGGAGAGAGAGAAAAAAUCAUCAGUUUGUAUGCUAAAAAUAAUGCACCCUCGUUGUUAUGCCAGGAUAGACGAGGCCUUGAGCAAAUAAAAGAUGGAUGACUAAGAACAUACAAGAAAAGGAGUUUUGUUGGGCCACAGCACGUAGAGAAGGCAGGUCAUGGAGGGUCACUCGCAACUUACACCUGUGUUCUUCAACCUUUUUCCAGCCCAAACAUAUUUUUUGCGUUGAAAAAAUGUGGAGGCACAACACCAGCAGAAAUCAUUCAAAAACUAAACUCAGUGGACAGUAAAAAGUGGUUGUUGCAAUUGUUGGAUAUGACUUUAACCUUCCUCUUGUGUUAGCUUUCUGUUACCAUCUCUUAUGUUAACGGGUCAGUUUUGACCCAUGUCUUAAAUCAGCUGUAAAAUACACUAAAAACAAUUAUCUAUCAUCCAAUUUGUUUCUCCUCUCUUGGUUACCUCGUUAGGCUUCCUUAUCCUUGAAAAUAUUGGUUUUAUUAUUUUUGGUUUGGGCCAUUGGGCCUUUUUUUUUGUCAGUAUACCCCUCGAUUUCAAUUUUCAAAAAUGGUAAAACGAACCUCAAGAGAAUCAUAUACAUAAAAAAAAGGUUGUUGUGUUACCUAACUAUUACUAAGGGGUAUUAGAACACAUCUCUUAAAUAAAUGUGUUUUAUUAAUUUUUUCAUUUUAAGAAUUUUAACUAUAGUAACAUCUAUGGUGUUACGGGUCAAUUUCGACCCAUAUAUAUUUACUUCAAGAAAAAGGCUAAAAAGUAUUUUUUUCAGCAACAGAAAUCCAACAUCAAACAAACAAUAACCAAUCAAGCAAAUGAAACUAAGAGAAAUAGAUUACUAGUUCCAAAAAUAAUAAAAAACAAAAUCAGAGUGGCAAAAAGUGACACUUUUAGUGUUCGUCUUUUGUUUGUUUUUGUACACGAUUAGAAGGUAAAAUGAGAAUCCACUAAAGCUCACAUGAUUGGGAGAGGAGCUGGCUGUCAGUGUGUUCAGUUUUGGCUCAUAUCAUUGCUUUAUCAUCUUAUUUUUAUAACCGGGUCGAAACCGACCCUAACAACACCAAGGGCAUAAUUUCUACCAGAGCAUUUUAUAAUUUGGUGAAAAAAAUUAAAAUGUUUUAUUUUGUUGACAAAGAGGUUCCUGACAAAGUCAAAAAGCUUUGAUGUAAAAAAAUAAAUGUAUGUGGUGUUUUUAUGCAUUUAAAAACUAAAACGGGUCGGUGCCGACCCUAACACAAGACAAAGGUCAAAGCAUAAGCAAGCAUGCAUGACUAUAGCUCUUGUCUCAAAGUAGGUGUACUGUCACCACCUGUCACAUCACACCCUGACUUAUUUGCACUUAUUUGCUCUUUUCCUGUGUGUAGUCUUUUAAUUCUUGUCUUGUGCUCCUAUUUUGGUGUCUUUUUCUCUUUUUUGGGUAUUUUCCUGUAGCAGUUUCAUGUCUUCCUUUGAGCGAUAUUUCCGACAUCUACUUUGUUUUAGCAAUCAAGAAUAUUUCACUUGUUUUUAUCUUUCUUUGUGGGGACAUUGUUGAUUGUCAUGUCAUUUUUGGAUGUACUUUGUGGACGCCGUCUUUGCUCCACAGUAAGUCUUUGCUGUCGUCCAGCAUUCUGUUUUUGUUGACUUUGCAGCCAGUUCAGCUUUGGUUUAGUUCUGCAUAGCCUUCCCUCAGCAUCAAUGCCUUUUCUUAGGUGCACUCACUUUUUGUUUAUUUUUGGUUUAAGCAUUAAACACCUUUUUACCUGCA